AUGAUACAAUCGGUGGAGCAGGUAAAUGAAGAGGAAAUGUCCGCUAUUAAGCGGCAAGUUAUCGCUAUUGUUGGGGAUUCCGAUACUACGUUAACUAAACAGCUAGUAGAAGCAGUCGGAAAUGGAAGCACUGAUGGAGUAAUAAAUUUGGAUACAAAGUAUUACCAAACACAUGUUGGUAUCCUACAGUUUACUACAGGCAAUGAGCUUCUCAAGAUGAAAAAGGAGAAUCCAGAUGUAAUAAUUGGAGCCAUAAUUCUCAAGCUUGUGUCUAGAAAUCACUUCGAGAUCAUGGAAAACGUUAUUCAGGAGAUCAACUGUGAUUCGCAUGUUUUGGUAGCCGAUUGCUGCUCAUCUGACGAUGUGAACUUUGCCCAGUCUUGGGCCCAGAGUUUCAAAUUCGAACUGGUAAUCCUUGAUCCGAACAAGAAACUUUUGACGGGAACUAAUAAUCUUGUGUUGUAUAGUUGUGCACCACAGAGUCAGCGCGAAGAAGCUAUGUCGUUGAGCGAGAAAUGUGGCAUUGCAAGAGUAGUGGAAGUACUCGAAAAUGUACCGUGGCAACUCAGAAAAGAAAACUUUAAGAAGGUCACUGGUAAGCAAGAACUUGAUCGUUUAUUAGCAAUAAUUGAAGCAAUGAGUGACAGUAGUGAGGAUUCUGAUGCCGAACCAGACGAUGAGGAUAGAGAAGCUAUAUGGCAGGCGUUCAGUUCAUACAGUGUUCCUCCUUCGAAUGCGGAAACAUCGACAGUAAAAGAAUGUGAAGAAGAAAUUUCUGUUGAUGUGACUAUAGUGAAGAAUGAGCGAGGGACCGAUCAGUGGUUCUCGAAACUUCUUGAAAACGAGACAAGAACUCAUGGAUUAGAUAACUACAGCAGCACACCAGAGAAUACUGAUUUCAACUUGUUCCAAGCAAUGAAGGAUACCCAUGAUGCAAACAUGAAGUUGAAUGACACAACACAGCGUGUGGACAGUGCAACUGCCUUGCUUUCCAAAAUUGUUGAUCUCAGAAUGACGAACGAGGAAGUAAGUCACCAUCAGAAAACUGAAUAA